AAUUAGAUUCGCUGACGACCGCCUGCGCAGCGUCAGUCACGCUUAGCGCUCGCGACGCGACGGCAGAGCGCGAAAAUAAAUUCAAAAAGAGAAUCCGUAACCGUUCCAUCAAUAUUAUUUUUUUGUUUUGCGUCGCGUUCAGUGUUACGAAACAAUUUUGUGACAGUGCGUUAUUAUAUCGUGUAUGUGCUGCCUUAUAUUGUGAUUCAGAAAACAUUAAAACUGUGUGGACGCUGUGUAAUGUGUAUGCAAUAAAGUUGCAGAAGAUUAUCCGAGAUGAUCCACGUUGAUGAAUCAGAUCCAGUUGGAGAAAUUGAACCCCCGUUCCAGUACCGCGAUGUCACAAUCAAGAGGAAUACAGAUGUCAACGAUUUCUUUGAUAUGCUGUCAGAGAUUGGACGGGGCAAAUUCGGAACGGUAUACCUAUGUCGGGAGAAGAGUACAGGACUGGAACUAGCUGCUAAGCUGGUCUCCGUGAACCGUAGGGACGAGAGACGCAAUGUGGAGCGCGAGGUGGAGGUCAUGAGGCGUCUGCGACACCCGAGGCUCAUACAAUUGUAUGACGCUUAUGAUUGGGGGAAAUACAUGUGCGUCGUGUUGGAGCUUAUAACGGGUGGCGAGUUAUUCGAGCGUGUCAUCGAUGAGGACUUCGUGUUGACAGAACGCGCGUGCACCGUGUUCAUGCGACAGAUAUGCGAGGGGAUUGAGUUUGUUCAUCGGCAAAACAUUCUACAUCUCGAUAUGAAGCCAGAAAACAUAUUAUGCCUAACAAAGGCUGGAAACCGAAUCAAAAUCAUCGACUUCGGUUUGGCGCGUUUCUACGACCCAGAGAAGAAGUUACAAGUACUGUUCGGUACUCCGGAAUUUGUCGCUCCUGAGGUGGUGAACUUCGACCAGAUUGGCUAUGGCACGGAUAUGUGGUCGAUUGGCGUUAUAUGCUAUGUGCUGCUAUCUGGCUUAUCACCAUUUAUGGGCGAAACGGAUAUAGAGACAAUGGCCAACGUAACGAUUGCCAAGUACGACUUCGAUGAUGAAGCAUUCAACGAGAUAUCUGAAGAUGCCAAGGAUUUCAUUAAAAAACUCCUCGUCAAAGAUAAAGAGUCGCGGCCGAGCGCUACGGAGUGUUUGAGGCACAGGUGGCUCGUCAAGCGGUCGCCGGUCAAGCAAGAGAAGCCGCGGCAACAGACAAGGCUCUCGCACAAACAAGAACUGGACAUGGCCAAGGACAACCUCAGACUCUUCGUGGAGAGAUGGAGCGAACACCCGAACUCGCCUUACGUAUUCGACAAUGAAUCGCAGGAAAUAUUGACUCUGGUCAACUGUGAGAGGUCUUCGAUCGGAGGCUGCUCACCGUCACCCAGAAGCUCUCUCAGCAGCUCACCAGAUAUAGUAUUCGAUGAUGAUGACCUAGAUCUAGAACCUCCUCCGCCGAGAGAACCUACAAAGUUCAAGACCCGAUACAAUCCAGUCGAAAGGAGAGCGUCCGACAGUAGUUGCUUCUUACAUAAACGCCCAGAUGUGCUAGUUAGGAAAAAUUUAGCAGAAGAAAUCAAAAAACUGUCCGAUCACCUCUUCAUGUUAUCUACUAUGAACACGGAUUUGACAAACAACAACAGCAUGAAGGAAAUGGACAAAAAUGUAUUGGAAAAGAAAGUGACCAGAGAAGAGAAGAAAACACCGAAUGGCUUUAAAACAGAAACGGAAACGUCUUACAAGAAAAUGUUUACAAAUGGCGAUGCCAAAAACGAGAAAACAGUGUUCAUGUCGAAAUCAUCUCACAAAAUAAAUUCGGCGUUUUUAAAAGAAAAGGAACCAGAAAAACCUAUGACUAGUAAAAUGCCCUGGGUUAAAACUAGAUCCAAACGAGUGACUAGCACAAGCAGAGAUGUUCCAGACCAACCGACAGAUAAACGCAAUACAUUCUUUGAAGAAUUCGAUCGGCGUCGUGACAAGAUAGACAAAUUGAUGAAUGGUUACGAAAAUGGCCGACAAAUGCCGUACAGGCGAGGAGAUGAGAACAAUGCUCAUCGGACAAAAGAUCUACUUUUGCAUCUUCUGGAAAAAUGGGGGGAAACUGAAGAAGUAGAAGCAGAGAGGUCGGCUGGAGGCACUUCCAACGGCGGAAGACAUCAAUCCAUCUCACUAGAAUGGUCUUCAUCCAAUGAACUCGCACAAAACUCCAUGUCCAGCCUCCACGCGUUCUUCCAACGACAAACAUCAGAUGAAAAAAUGCAAAGAAAAAAAGUGACAAAUAACAUAACUAGUUCGAAAUGAUUUAAGUCAAGUUUAACUGACUGUGCCAUGACCUUAUUCAGAAAGGUGAACCCAACGAGAUAUCAAACAAAUUAAAUCGAACAACGUAUACCGUAUCCAAGAUGCCAAUGAUCUCACGUCGUAAUAAAAGUCGAGGAAUAAUACAUUAUACGUAACGUCUCGAUCGGUAUACCUUUCUGAAUAAUUUGUAGGUUACCAAAGUAGGAAAAUGACAUUAUUUUUUAAGAUUUAAUAU